AUGAACUUUUGUAGAAGAGUAAUCUGGCUGGGAGAUCUGAACUUUCGGAUUAACUUGUCUUAUGAGAAGACACACGAGCUUAUUGCAAGAAAGGAAUGGCAGAGGUUACUUGAAAAUGACCAGCUUUCAAACGAAAUGAGAAAAGGCAAUGUCUUCGAGGGAUGGUCAGAGGGGGAUUUAUGUUUUCCACCGACAUACAAAUACGAACUUGAUUCAGAAAACUACAUCGGAGAUGACUCGGAAUCAGGAAAACGUAGACCGGCCUGGUGUGACCGCGUCAUUUGGAAAGGGAAGGGAAUGAAGCUUCUUAGUUACAGAAGGAAUGAGAUUAAGCUAUCGGAUCACCGGCCUGUCACAGCCACCUUAUUGGCCGAGGUUGAGGUUUUAUCUCCAUGGAAACUUCAGCGUGCGCUUGCACUCACUUAUGCCGAGAUCCAAAGCCAUUAA